AUGGCAUCCUCGAAUGCCCCUUCGCCCCAGCCUCAACUAGACCAACACCUUAUCGCGAGAAUGAGCAAGAUUGGAGUCCAGGAGGCCAGCCACAACCAUCACCAGCCUCAACAACACUACGCACCCAGAUACUGGAACCAAGGUUCUGCCGCCCCCUCAAAAGCUAGCUCUGAAGCCUUGGACAACCAGGCGCUCCAUGGCUCUCCCGUGACCAGCGGCCUCCAACGCACCGCCUCGUCUCAGUCUUCGCCUCGCGCCUGGGAGUCGCCAGAACACCUGGGCCCCACGCCUUGGGAGGCCGCCACGGAGCAACAACUGCACAACCCUUACCCAGGCUUGGACCCCCAGCUUUCUGGCUACAUGUACAGCGGCGACAGCGGCAUGUCAGCCCCGUAUCCCGCAGACUUUGUUCCCUCAUCCGGCUUCGAUGACCCCGAGAGCGGCUACAGUACCUCCCCGGGACAGGGCGAGUUUCCCCCAACCCCUGAGAGCGCCCACCUCAUGUCGCCAUGCAGCACAACCCUCACCAUGACCAUGGACGAUCCUCCCGGCUCUCCUGGCGACGACACGGUCAGCCAAGCCGCAACCCUCGUCGCGCAGAUGGGUGGUAGUCCACGCAACAACAAGACACCGCCCUCUAUGUUGCAUCAAGAUGACCAGGGGGACAACGACAAGAACGGCGAGGCGUAUGCCAAACUCAUCUACAAGGCGUUUUUGAGCACACCAAGGCACGCCAUGACGCUGCAGGAAAUCUACCAAUGGUUCCGGGAGAAUACCGAAAAAGGCAAGAGUGGCAGCAAAGGCUGGCAGAAUAGCAUCAGGCACAACCUGAGCAUGAAUCAUGCCUUUACUAGGCGUGACCGCCGUCCAAGUGCGGGUUCCAUUAGCGAAACCGGUCAGUCUAGUGCCAAAAAGGCGGCAGAGUGGUACCUGGAGCCAUGGGCGGUUGCCGGCGUUCUGAGCACCACGCGCUACCGGAACGACAACCAGGCCCGGCGAGCGGCUCGGCGCAACGGUGCCCAUCUCAACGCGCAGGUGUACCGGCCCUAUCACGCGCCGCAACACGCGCACCAUCCGUCCCUUGGCCGGAGCCGUGGCCGUGCUCUGCGCGGCUCUUCGCGCCAGUCUCCGCGGAGUCACACGUUCCCCAUGGCUGGAGUGGCCACGGCGGCUGUUCACCCCCAACAAGCGCAGCACCACCAGCAACUACCCACUCAUGCUUACCACGCCUUCGUCCCUGUCCGGAGUACAACGUACCCGCAGCCACACCACCAUGACGUGGUCUUGAGCGACUGCUCAACCCCGUCUCCUCCUCCCUACAGCACCGCCUCAAGUGCAUUCUUUGCUCCUCACCACGUUGGGCCCAAUGGCAUGGAACCAUCGAGCCCAACUGUGAAGUACGAGUACCCAGCUGAGCCGCUGUAUUUGGGACACCAACACAGUCACGGUUAUCCCGGGGCUAUGACAUCCGGCCCAGCAGAUACUUUGCUGAGCGCGCCUGCGCCUGUCCCUUCAUCGAGGCCAGGAUCGACCGCGCCAACGGCUACAUCUGCUCCAUCGCCAACAAGAGCAACAACACCUACCACAACCACAGCCGCCCUGACCGACGCCAUGGUGUCUGAGCCAACGACAAGAGCACCAUCAUCAUCAUGCUCAUCAUCCUCGUCAACGUCAGGCAGCGGCGACAGUGCGAACGUGUUCCAGGACAGCAUGCCUUACUCAACCGCCACGGCGGCCACGCACACGGCAUAUCACCAUCACGCGCAUCAACAUGGGUACCAGCACCACCAGCAUCAACGGAGUCACCCGAUGCAAGGGGGGUGGUAUGGCCAGGGGCCGGGGUAUUAA